AUGGCAGUAGCUGAAUAUGAAGGCCAAGAAUACGAACAAAAUUUAGCAGAUGAAUGGAAAAGAACCAAUAUUGAGGCAGGUCCUGAUUAUUAUUUACCAAAAUCGGUUGAAUAUUUAUUAGGUCCUGGUAUUGUUCAUAUUUGGUGUCAGCAUUUCGAAAUUGCAAAAUUAUCAUUUCAUAUUUUUGAAUACGAAGAGGAUGAUGUUUUACCAGAUCUCUAUCAAAGAUUUAAAGAAAAAAAUAGAGAACAGCUUUCAACAUGUUUAGAAUGUUCAUUAAGAUAUAGAAAACAAAAAUCAAUAUUUUUAAAAGCAUUUAAAGAGAAAUUUCAACAUAAUAAUUAUAUAGAGAUAGUUUCAUCAAUUGAAAAAGUAGAGAAAACAAGAGUUAGAGAACAUUUAAAUAAAUAUAAAGAUGAUUGUAAUGUUUUGAUUAUAUUAAUUCAUGAGGUUGUCAAUAAUGUGGAAUUAUUAGAGGAUCAAGAAUUAAAGAAACGUUUUUUAUAUACAAUCGAUGGUUUUGUUAGAGAGUAUUCAAUUUCAUUUGGUGAUCCAAAUAAAAAAGUACCAGGAAUUUAUAUGAUGUUAAUGGCAAGUAAUAAAUUCAAAGAAUUAAAAGAAUGGGCAUCAUCCUAUUUACAAACCAUCACAAAAAUAUCAAUGGAUGAAAUUCAAUCAGUUUAUCCUGUCAUUGAAAGAUUAAUUACCGAUUUACAAUUUAAUCAAGAUAAUAAACUUAAUCCAGAUUCAAUAUUCUCUGAAGAAAUUAAUGAUAUUUGGGAUGGUGUACCAUUGUUUCUUAGUCAUUUUGAUGAUAUGGCACUUUUAAAUUCAUUUCCAUUACAAAAUUUAUUACCACUUUUUAUUGUGAAAUUAUCAAGUUCAACAAUUUUAAGACCAUCAAUUAUUCAAACUUUUUUAAUUGUAUUUAGGUUACUAAAAACAAAUGUUUGGAGAGAAAUACCAAAUUGUGGUCCAAGAAACUUUGCAGAGAUUUUAUUUUCAAGUUUUUUAUUAUCAAGAAAUGAACAAACUCAAUUAUUAAUACUUCAAUUAUUUUCAGUAUUUAUGAAAGAUUGUUGUCCUCAAAGUUUAUUAGCUGAAAUUAGUAGUUAUAUUUCUGAAUUAUUUUUAAGGAAAGCAUUUACUCAAGAUGGAGCAUAUUCAAUUAAAUCUGGUUCAUUAUUAUUAAUAGUUGAUAUUUUAUUAAAUUGUUUUUCAACUGAUAAUGCUGAAGCAUGGGGAAAAAGAAUUGUUUAUUUUUCAAUAAAUCAAACUCAUCAAAAUGUAGUUCCAAAUUAUACAGAUAUGCCAAGAGCAAUUAAAUUAAUGGAACAUUCAUUAUUAUACAGUGCAAUUGAAUUGAGGAAGAGAUUACAAUUUUUAUUAAAUAGUGAAUUAAAGGAGGAUAUUGAUAGAGAGUUAUCAAAUCCAUGUGAUUUUUGGUUUAAAUCAAUUUGGAGAUUAUUAUUAGCUUCAAGUCCUAAACAAAUUCCCUAUACGACUCAUUUGGUUCUAUUUAAAAUUCAUAGGAUCUUAGGAUUAAUCAAUCCAGUACCGACAAAUCCAGAAUAUGCUAAAUCACCAGUUUAUGAAUGUCUUGCAGAAUAUCAUGAAUUAAUGGGAAAGUAUUUACAAACAUUUUCAGAUUUUCCACCAUUUGCAUUACAAGUUAAACCUGGUGAUUCUUCUGUAGUUUUGGAUGUUUUAGAUAAUGAACAAUUUCAUAAAACUAUUUUUUCUUUAUUAGUUUCACCAAAUCAAAAAAUUUCAACUUCAUCCAAAAAAAUGUUACAAAAAAAAUAUCCAAAAGAAAAUACAAUAACACAAGCAUUUAAACAAUCAAUUAUUGAAUUUCCAGAACAAACAUCAAGAGGUGUAUUAGGUGUAUUUAGAGAUUUCUUUUUUCAUUUAGGAUUUAUCAAUUGUUUAGAUUCAAUUAAUAUGAUAUUCUAUUAUAGUGAUCAUCUUAUAUUCAUAUUGAAAAAGACAUUACAAGUUCAUGGUAGAUUAUUGAUUGGACCAUGUGUUGAUGUAAUGUGGUCAACAUUUCAAUAUGGUUUAUCAUUGGAUAAAGAGUUUAUGGGUGUGGGUUCAACUAAACCCUAUGAAAAGGUUAAAUAUAUGUUUGAAUGGUUUAAAGAUUCAUUCAGUUCCAUAGGUCAGAAUGGAUAUUGUUCAAUAAAAGAUCUUCCUUCACCAUCGUUUUUAAAUGCAUGUCAUGAUCACAAUAUUUUAUUAUUCGAUUCCAUUGAACAAUAUCCAUCAUAUGUUAGAGCUUCAAUGAACUCUAAUGAACUAUAUCCUGCACCAUCCAAUUAUUCAACCACAUUUUAUAGAAUUGGUAUAUUAAAUAAUAAAACAAGUAAAUUCUCUCAAGAUUUUGACUUUUUAUUUGAAAAUGUUGAUUAUAUUUAUAAACGUCAAGAACAACAACCAAUCAAAGAAUCACAAUCAUUAAUAUUUUUAGAAGCAUUCUCAAAGAGUUCAACCUCAAAUUCUGCUAUCAAUCCUAUCGUAAUAGAUCAACAAGAACCUGAUCGUAUAUUUAGUAUCAUUUCAAAUCAUUCAAAUUGGAUUGAACCAUUCUUAAAUUGGAAUGCUUUAACAUCAACUGAAUGGUUUGAAUCAUUAAUUGUUAUUAUUAAAUCAUUGGUUAAAAGUAAAUAUAAAUUUGAAAAAUCAUUAAAUAAUUUUAUAGGUAGAAUUAAAGAAAUGCAACUUAGUCCAAUUCAAAUUACAAAGAUUCAAUCAGCAUUGGUUCCACCAAAACAAGUCAUUCCACAAGAACCAACAUCAAUAUGGGGUUCUCAACCAUUACCUACAUCCAUACAUAGUUCUACUAUUAAAAUUACAGCAGGUGAUAUUGUUGCAUCAUCUUUAUCAGCACCAACUAAUACUCCAUUGGUUGUUACAAAACCAAAACCACCAGCAACUACAACAACAACUACAUCAUCAUCAAUAUCACCUCCAUUAGCAUUCUCAAAUGCAUCUAAUCCAUCCAUUAAUGGUAGUGGUGGUGGUAGGUCAUUUGAUAAAUUUGGUGGUAAUAGUUAUGAGAAACCAUCAUUUGGUAGUAAUGGUAGUGGUAGUGCGUUAAAUAAUACUACUACCAAUAAUAAUAAUAAAUUUAUAAAACCAUCAUAUAACUCAUCAAAUAAUACGUUUGGUACUGGGUUUGGUAAUAUAAAUAGUGGUAAUACAAAUGGUAAACCAUAUUUAAAGAAAGAUUUUGAAGGAUCAUCUUUAAAUGCAAUUGAUGAAUUUGAAAGAAACUCUGUUGCUGUUCCACUUAGAGAUAAAAAGAAAACUAAAAUGUUGGAUAUUGGUGCACCAUUAGCAUUCAAGAAAACAAAAGAUAAAGUACCAGCACAUAUGGAAGAUUUUACAACUAAAAUCGAUUCAUUACAUAAGAUCAUUUUAGAUUGGGUACCAACAAAGUUUGCAGAUGAUCCACCAAUGUCAGAAUUAAAACCAGUACCAGGUACAUUUGAUGAUUUAAAACAUUAUAUCGAUAUUUUCCAACCAUUAUUAAUUGAAGAGUUUAGAGCACAAGUAAUUAGAAAUUUAGAUGAAGGUGUUAAUUUUCAAGAUGUUACAGUGGAUAAUUUCAUACAAGAGAAUGGUUUCAUUGAUGUAGAUUUUGAAUUACCACCAAAAGAAAAUGAUAUUUUAUUGGAUGAUUUCGUUUUAGUGAUUCAACCACCAAGAAAUGGUAGUCCAUUAAAUGAGGCUUAUAGAGAUCCAAAUUUAUUUUCAGCAUUCGGUAAAGUUGAAAGAAAAGAUAGAAUCAUUCCAAAGGGUGGUAAAGGUAAUUUCGAUCAAAAUGGUGGUGGUGGUGGUGGCGGUAGAGGAUUCAUUAUUAAAGUUAGAUUCUAUAAAGCUAGUUCAAGUACAUUUGUUCAACAAAUUUGCAAAAUUGGUAACAUUUGGAAUAUUCAAAAGGUUACAUCACUAUCAACCAUUAGUAGAGAGUAUAUGGCAUUACAUAUGGUUGGUAAAAUUCCAUUGGGUACAUCAAUCAUUUCACCACAUCUUUAUAUAAACUCAAAUGAUAGUAGUAGUUCAACAUUUAAAAUUCCAGAUAAAUUAUUUCAAAAACUUAGAAGUUCAUUGAAUGAAAGUCAGCUAUCAGCAAUUGCAAGUACAUUAAAGAAUCUAGGUGGUUUUUCAUUAUUACAAGGUCCACCAGGUACUGGUAAAACAAAGACGAUUCUAUCAUUGUUAUCAGUUUUUACAACGGUUUUAACCAAUAUUGAAAAGUCACAUUCUGAUCCAAAGAUUUUAGUUUGUGCUCCUUCAAAUGCUGCAGUCGAUGAAAUUGCAUUGAGAAUAAAGAAAGAUGGUUUAAUCGAUAAGAAUGGUAAUAAAUUUAAACCUGUGAUUUGUCGUAUUGGUAAUCAAUCUCAUAUCCAUCCAUCAGUUCAAGAUAUUUCGGUCGAAAGUUUAAUCUUGGGUGAAUAUAAAGAUAAAAACUCUGCCAUUGCAAAUGAAGAUCAAAAGAAAGAGAAUACAAGACUUAAAAUUAUAAAAAUCAAAGAGAAACAAGUUGAAAUCGAUAAACAAAUCAAAGAUUUGGCUGAACGUCUUAAACAACAGGAGGAUAAUAAACUACGUAAUGAAAUUACAAAAUUAAAUUAUACCAGAGAGAAAUAUAAUAAUGAUUUAAAGUUGGCAAAAGAUGAAGAACGUCGUUUCCAUGAACAAUAUUCAAAUACCAAGAGAAAUUUAUAUAUAAACAUCAUUGGUCGUAGUCAAAUCAUUCUAUCAACAUUAUCAGGUAGUGGUUAUGAUUAUUUAUUCACUGCAACUAAAAACUUUGAUUUGGUAAUCGUUGAUGAAGCUGCUCAAGCUGUAGAGCUAUCCACUCUAAUUCCAUUACGUCACGAUGUAAAGAAGUGUAUUUUGGUUGGCGAUCCUCAACAAUUGCCACCUACCACCAUUUCAAAGGUCGCAACUAAAUUCCAAUAUGAAAUCUCCUUAUUUCAACGUUUGAUGAAUUGUGGUAUGGCUCCAACCGUUUUGAAAACUCAAUAUCGUAUGCAUCCAAUGAUCUCAAAAUUCCCUUCAAAAAUCUUUUAUCGAGGAGAAUUAGAGGAUGGUAAGAAUGUUCGAGAGUAUAAACAAGAUUAUUACAAUGAUUCCGCCUCUAGAUUUGGUCCAUUGGUUUUCUAUGAUUUAUUUGAUAAACAUGGCGAGGUUAGAAGUAGUUUCUUUUCCCUUAGAAAUCCUACAGAAGUAAAAUUAGCAAAACUCAUUGUCGAUCAAUUAAUUUCAAACUAUCCCAAUACUAAAGAUCUGGAAAUCGGUGUAAUCACCCCAUAUAAAUCACAAAGUGUUGAUUUAUUCAAUGCUUUCAAAGGUUAUCAAAAUGUUGAAGUUUCAACAAUCGAUGGUUUUCAAGGUAAAGAAAAGGAUUUUGUAAUAUUUUCUUCGGUUCGUGCCCAUUCCGGUCAUUCUAUUGGUUUUCUUUCAGAUAUUCGUCGUAUGAAUGUAGGUUUAACUCGUGCCAAAUAUUCAAUGGUUAUCCUUGGUAAUUCAUCUCUACUUUCAAAUAAUGAUGAUUGGGGAAAUCUAGUAAAUGAUUUAAGGCAAACAAAUAAUUGUUAUUUUCCUAUAUCCUCUAAAUCAAUUGAUAAAGGAGUUUUGGAAAAAUCAAUUAUUCCUUCUUUGAAUUUUGAUGGUAGUAAUAAUUCAAACAAUAAUAUAAAUAAUAAUAUAAAUAAUAAUAACAAUAAUAAUAAUAAUAAUAAUAAUAAUAAUAAUAAUAAUAUUAAUAAUAACAGUAAUAAUAGUAAUAAUAAUUAUAGUAAUAAUUAUAAUAUUAACAUUGAUAGUAACAACAGUAAUAAUAAUAAUGGUGGAAAAAAUGAACAGAAUAGUGGCCGUGAUGCGGAUAGUGGGCGUGACCGUGACAAAAGUGAUCGUGAUCGUGACUAUGACCGCAGUGAUAGUCGUGGUGGGCGUGAUCGCGAUAGAAAUGAUCGUGGCCGUGACAGAAGUGAUCGUGAUCGUGAUAGAAGUGAUCGUGAUCGUGAUAGAAGUGAUCGUGAUCGUGAUAGAAGUGAUCGUGAUAGAAAUGACCGUGACCGUGACAGAAAUGACCGUGACCGUGACCGUGACAAAAGUGAUCGUGACCGUGACAGAAGUGACCGCAACCGAGACCGUGAUCGUGAUUAUGAUGAUAGAGAUAGAAAAAAAAGAAGAUAG